AUGUACCCGGUGUUCAGUCUGAUAGCUGACACAAGAAAGCCAUUGUAUGGCCACCAUACAUCCAGUACCCCGGCNCGUGUCGACUUCCGCCGCAACUUCAAGGAGUGGGUCUUGCAACUCGAACCUAGGAUUGGUACACGGAAAGACUGCAUCGCCCGCUCGUCCGCUCUCCAUCUCAACUCCACCAGACACGCAAACGGCUUGAGCGAAGCUGUCACCUGCGACCUCUAUUACUUCCACCCCAAACGACCAGACGAGUGCGUGUGCUUUCCCAUCUACAACGACUAUGUCACCGAAAGCUCUACUACUGUCAACGGAGCCUACAGAUUUCUCGAGACGACAUCCGUCUUCUACCCUCCAGCUCAGGUCGUAGAGAGCUGCCUGCUUGCAGCUGCCACCCAAGGUCCACCUACUGCCUGCAGUUCACGCAGCUCGAACUGUCCUCAGUCUGUUGAGGUUGUCCGUCGAGAGCCGAGAAUUCUGGGAGGCUUUCCAUAUUGUCCCACACCUGGCCUGGAAGCACGGCAGCACCUACCAGUUCGAACCGCAAGACCAGGGGAUUAUUACAACACCAGAACGACGGCUGAUACAUCAUCGACAAACACUUGGGGACCGUUGCCAACCGAUUCACACUGUGAGAGGGAGAAGAACAAGGAGAAGUCACUGUGCCAGAACGACAUGUGUAUGUGGGGCUUUCUCAAGCCCUGGGAGUCUCCGACUGUCAGAGUGGUCACUGUCACGUCUGCUGGCGUCAAACUCUUCGCCUCCGUGACAGAAAGCAUCAAUAUUACCACACCGCACUGGGGGUUUCUCGCCCCGACGGGAAAGGAGGCGGAGAAAAAGCAGAGCAAGAAGAGCAAGAUCAGCAAGACGGGCAAGACGACCACGACUUCGACUAAAUUCCAGAGCAAAAAGCCCAAGUCAUCGCCCUCUCUUAGCUCUGCGCCAUUCCAAGUAUGCAAGGACGAGCUCGACUGCCGAAAAUACUGCGACAAGAGAAUCAAGGCACCGAUGAAGCACAUGAUGACACUCUUGGUUGGUGGUGGUGGCUUCACUGCUUUUGCAGUAUUGGCGAUGCUGCUGAAGAUAUAUGGCCGACAUCUCCGUCGUUGGCGCAGAGCUCGUAAUGAAGGUCAUACAAGCGCAGAAACAGAUGCUCAGUAUCUGAUCGACAGUCAAAGUAUGCAUGGCACAGAGCUUAUGCAGGAUCCUUCUGUUCAACCAAGAGUCAGAGCAAAGGUGCGGUUCCAGGAAGCUGAUACUGAUAGUGCCGCUGAUCUUCCCGAUGGUCCUGACCAUGCUCUCAUGAGAAUGGCCGGUGAUGAAGUGCGAUCUUAG